CCAUUAAAAAUACAAAUUUUGCAAGCGCAGGUACAUCCGUUGGACUGGGUCUCAAAGGCUUCAUCCCCAUUUGGUCACUCGUUACGUCACUUCUCACUCCUCAGUCCUCACAUUAAAAAUGGUUGUUCGGAAAAACUAAUCACUCUGCUUCUUUGUGUUUGCUGCUCUCUCUCUCUCUCUCUCUCUCCCUCGGUAGUCUCUUCCCCCACUCUCUCUCUCUCUCUCUCUCUCUCUCUCUCUCACACAAACCCCUUAACACAAAGAAAGAACAGAACCCGAGACGCACGAGAAGAGAAGGAAAUGUCAAUUAACCUCAUUCACACCAUACUACUUCUAUACACGGUAGUCCUAACAUGGAGAGCAGCUGGUGCUGUAUAUGCUUCUGCUUCUCCCCCCUCCUAUUCCUCAGCAACCCCAAUGACCGAGUGGAGAUCCGCCAGAGCCACCUACUACGCCGCAUCCGACCCUAGGGACGACGCCGGAGGGGCCUGUGGCUACGGUGACCUAGCGAAGAAUGGCUACGGAAUGGCCACCGUCGGGCUGAGCACUGCCCUCUUCGACCGGGGCCAGAUCUGCGGUGCUUGUUUCGAGCUGAGGUGCGUCGAGGACCUGAGAUGGUGCAUUCCAGGGACUUCCAUUAUCGUCACCGUCACCAAUUUCUGCGCGCCGAACUAUGGCUUGCCGUCCGACGGUGGCGGCCACUGCAAUCCUCCCAACAAACACUUCGUCCUACCCAUCGAGGCCUUCGAAAAGAUCGCCGUCUGGAAAGCUGCUAGCAUGCCUGUACAGUAUCGCAGGAUGAAGUGCAUAAAGGAAGGAGGAAUUCGGUUCAGGAUCGACGGGUCGGGAUUCUUCUGUUCAGUGCUGAUCAGUAACGUUGCGGGUGCUGGUGACGUAGUGGCCGUGAAGAUCAAGGGGUCAAGAACAGGGUGGCUUCCAAUGGGAAGGAACUGGGGGCAGAACUGGCAUGUCACAGCUGAUUUGAAAAACCAGCCCCUCUCGUUUGAAGUCACAACUAGUGAUCGGGUCACAGUUGUAUCUUACAAUGUUGCACCCAAAGAUUGGAGCUUUGGGCAGACCUUUGUAGGCAAGCAAUUUGAGUAAAAGAACCAAAUUGAUGCUAAACAAAAGCAGAAGAUGGCAGUUAUUAUAUGUAUAUUUUAGUUAUCCUUUUUUUUAUUUUUUCUUUUAUUUCCUCCACCUCGAGCAUAAAUAUUGGGGGGGCAAAAAGGAUGUAAUUGAUUAUUUGGUCUUUUUUUAAGGCACUUAGGCAAGUUCAUUCAUCAUAAAUUCUCAGUCAA